AUGCUCUCUCUGAAAAUCGGAAUGGACGAACCUCAAGAUCCUCGGCGUUGUGAUCUGGGUCGUGUCGAGACAUCAGCCCAAUCUGAUAAGCAAACCAAACUAUCUUGCGAACGGAUCGCUGCGCCUUGGGGUCCUACUACCCCUGGACUAGAUACUGAAUGGCUCUUUCGCAAAGAAUUUGAGGUUAAGCCUCUAGCAGGCGGCAGGCUAUCGAUUACUGCCCAGGGAGUCUAUGAGGCAGAAAUUAAUGGAAAACGCGUCGGGGACCAUUUCAUGGCCCCAGGAUGGACAGCCUACGACAAACGAAUACCUUAUCAGACCUAUGACAUUACAUCCCUGCUCUGUGUAGGGAAAAACUGUAUCGGCGUUCGCGUCGCUGAAGGAUGGUUCUGUGGCCGCAUCGGCUUCGAAGGUGGUCAUCGAAACAUUUGGGGACCUCACCCUGCCUUGAUGUGCGAGCUUCAGAUACACUAUCCUGAUACCUCUAUUGAAACCACACCUACCGAUAGUACCUGGAUGGUAGCCAGGGGCCCGAUUCAGCGCGCUGAGUUAUACAACGGGGAAAAAUAUGACGCAACUCAGGAGAUUCCGUACUGGUCAACUGUUGCGCCUUUGAGAUCUCUUGACAUUUCUCACUAUUGGGUGCCAGUACUCUGCAUGCCUCCCCUGUCGAAACAAAUUCAGGUCAUAGCUGGCAUUGGAGUGCCAGUCAGACGGAUUGAGACCAUCAAGCCAGUUCAACAUAUCUUAUCUCCGUCAGGCAAAGAAAUCAUUGAUUUUGGUCAGAAUAUGGUUGGAUACGUCAGAUUGAAAAACAUCAAAGGUCUUCGCGGUCACAAAAUUAUCUUGUCUCAUGCCGAAGUCUUAGAGAAUCAAGAGAUUUGUACAAGACCCCUUCGACAAUGUGAUUCCAUCGAUGAAUAUACUCUGAAAGGUGAUGAGAAUGGGGAGAGCUAUGAGCCUCGCUUUACGUUCCACGGCUUUCGGUUUGCCCAGGUUGAGGGGUGGUGCAGCGAUUUUACUUUGAUGGACUCAGUCGAAGCAGUUGUAUGUCAUACAGAUAUGAAAGAAGUUGGCUCAUUUUCAUGCUCCAGCGGUUCACUCAAUCAGCUGUAUCACAAUGUUCUCUGGGGAAUGAAGGGAAACUUUCUUGCAGUACCCACAGACUGCCCCCAGCGCGAUGAGCGAUUAGGUUGGUCUGGAGAUCUUGCCCUCUUCGCACCGACGGCAGUCUUGAUAUUCGACUGUUAUGAAUUUCUGAAAAAUUGGCUUGUUGAUGUUUGGUAUGAUCAACAGGUCCUAGAUGGAGUUCCUGCCAUGGUCACUCCGAACGCCACGCUCCCUGAUCCUAUCUGGUGUCGCCGAAAACCCUGUGCUGUCUGGCAUGAUGUUACAAUCCUAGCACCAUGGGCCCUCUACGAAGAGACUGGCAAUAUCGAAAUUUUGGAACAGCAGUAUGAGAGCAUGGAAAUUUGGAUAAGAAAAAUACCCAGAAGGAAAGACGGGUCUACUCAUUUAUGGGAUACUACCAUUUUUCAACUUGGGGAUUGGUUAGAUCCAGACGCUCCGCCGGAUGCACCUUGGAAGGGUAAAACCGACGCUCAGCUGGUGGCAAAUGCAUUUCUGAUCCGCAGUCUAGGCCUCAUGGUCAAAAUUGCAGGUCUUCUUCAUAAGGACCAAGAUGAAUUAAGAUUUCAACAUGACCUCCAAAUGACCGAAAAAGAAUUUCAAGACGAAUAUGUGACACCUAAUGGUCGUCUUGUAUCUGACAGCCAGGCAGCCUAUGCCAUCGCAAUCUGCUUCGGUCUACUGACGCCCGCGCAGCAAGAGCGAGCUGGGCUACACCUUGUUUAUCUGGUACGGAAGAAUAGCUUUCGGAUAGGAACAGGGUUUGCUGGUACACCUUUCUUAUGUGAAGCACUUGUCUUAACUGGGCAUAUUCAAGUGGCUUAUGCAAUGAUUCUUGAAGAAAGCUGUCCUUCUUGGUUAUACCCAGUAAGCAUGGGAGCCACCACAAUGUGGGAGCGGUGGGAUAGCAUGCUUCCUGAUGGAUCCAUAAAUCCAGGUGAGAUGACUUCUUUCAACCAUUAUGCAUUCGGCUCAAUUGCCAAGUUUUUAUACGAAAGAGUCGCAGGCUUGCAAAGAUUAAGCGUCGGAUGGAGAAAGUGCCGCUUUGCACCGUGCAUAGGUGCUGAGCUCUCAAAUGCUUCGGCUUCACAUGAAACUCCUAUGGGUCACAUUUCUUGUUCAUGGAAGACGACUGCCUUGCAAGAUAAUCAAACCUAUUUAGAAGCAACAAUCAUCGUUCCACCCGGUAUUAGUUGCGAGGUUUUUCUACCCAAUAGGUCUAAAGACUUGCAAAAGAUUGUUACCCAUGGGAAGUGGAAAUUUGAAACGGUCUUUGACCGUGACUCUGGGUGGCCGCUCAAGCCUCUGCCUCCUAAAUCAUGA